AGAAUAAAACGAACGGAAUGGCGGCGGCUGAGAUGAUCCUGCAGAUGUUCGAGGAGGAGGAACUCUUAAUAGUCAGCUUGCUGUCUAAAAGGCGACGGAAGAGACGGUGGACGGUUCGUCCUCCCAACGCGGACCGAAGUGUCCUGGGAGAGUUCAGCGUCCUGGUGAAACCCAUGAGGACGCUGGACGAGGGGAUGCACUUCGACUAUUUCGGGAUGUCAGCUCACCGGUUCGACGAGCUGCUGCGUCGGGUCGAGCCCCUCGUCCGCCACGAAAGGACCCACAGCCGCCCGGUGGAUCUGCAGGAGAGGCUGGCGGUCACACUGCGGCUGCUGGCGUCUGGAAACAGCCAGAGGUCUGUGGCCGACAGCUACAAGUUGGGGGUGUCCACCGUGUCCCGCAUCGUGUCCGAGAUGUGCUCGGCCAUCUGGCAGGCGCUGGAGGAGGACUAUGUGUCCCUGCCCAAAGGGACCGAAUGGACGGACAUCGCACAGGACUUCUGGAGACUGUGGAACUUCCCGAACUGUGUCGGUUGCAUCGAUGACAGAAGCGUCAGCGUCAGGAAAAGCAGUGACUCCGUCUACCACAACGACGCACAGUCCAUCGAGCUGUUUGCCACCUGUGACGCGCACCACCGCUUCACGAUGGUGGACAUUUCUUCGUAUGACUGUGACAACGAGAAGAGGAUUUUCCGCAUCAGUCACUUUGGGUCGAGGCUGCUGAACAAAACCCUGGAGCUCCCGGAGCCGGUGGCCCUGCCCGGCUCCAGCGCCAAGCUGCCCCACGUCUUCUUAGGAGAUGCCGCCUUCCCUCUGCACGAUAACUUAAUGCGGCCUUACUCAGGUGUCAAUCUGGAUGAUGCUCAGAAGACCUACAACUACCGCCACUCACGGGCCCUGAAGGUCAUUGAAAACACUUUCGAUAUCUUGGUCGCACGCUGGAAGAUUCUCGAUAGGCCCAUUGAAUAUUACCCAGAAAAGGCUGUGGACGUCGUGAAAGCUUGUAUUGCCCUCCACAACAUGCUUGCCCACAAUGAUGCUGCCGAGUCUCUGAUGGGCCGCCGCUACAUCCCACCCAACUUAACGGACAACACAGAGGCAUCGGGUGAACUCGUACCUGGUGAUUGGAGGAGCCCUGUGACAAGACACACCAACCUGAGAGACCCCGGGAGGGUCUCCCGCACCCGAGCAUCCAACACUGCAAUUGCGGCGAGGAAUAACCUGAAGUUAUUUUUCCUAACACCGCAAGGACUCUUACCCAUGUAAUUAAGAGACGUUCCCUGAACUGAAGUGGCCUUAUUGAUUGUGCAAUAAAACAUUUUGCUAAUU